UCUGCACUCUUCAUUCACUCCCUCAACCCCAAAACAACAUGGAAUUCAGCAAGAUUUACAAAAACAAGAGGAAACUCAUUAUUAUAAUCACUUUGGCUGUGUCUGUUGUGACCAUCAUAUUAGGACUGGGCCUUGGGCUUGGGCUUCAACUGGAAAAAUGCAAAAACAAAGUACCAGAGUCGUGUCGGAACCGCUGCUAUGAGCCGUAUGAUUAUGAAACUCCAAGUUGUCGAUGUGAUGAUCAGUGUGUGGUCACUAACAGCUGCUGCCGUGAUUUUAAGGAUAUCUGCCUCCAGCCCACUGAGAGAUGGGAGUGUACACCAUUACGUUGUGGGGAGAAACGUGUAUCAGGCAGUAAGUGUCACUGCUCUGCUGACUGUGUGAGCGCUGGAGACUGCUGUACCAACUACAACAUCGUCUGCAAUGGAGUGACAUCCUGGGUGGAGGAUCAGUGUGUGAACAUGAGUGUCCCAAACUGCCCAGCCAAUUUUAAGAGGCAGCCUCUGCUGCUCAUCUCUCUGGAUGGAUUAAGGGCUGAGUAUCAGCACACAUGGUACUCACUUAUCCCAGUGCUGGAUAAACUAAGAAGAUGUGGGACAUCCUCUGCCUUCAUGCAACCUGUAUUCCCCAGCAAAACUUUUCCUAACCACUACUCCAUAGUUACGGGUCUGUACACAGAGUCUCACGGUUUGGUGGAUAACUACAUGUACGAUCCUGAAUUUAAUGCAUCAUUCUCUCUGUCCAACACUGAGAAGGACAAACCCAGAUGGUACCUCGGACAACCGAUCUGGCACACAGUGAUGGGUCAGGGUUUGCGAGCAGGAACCUUCUUCUGGCCAGGAUCAGAUGUGAAAAUAAAUGAAACCUAUCCAAAUAUAUAUGAGAAAUAUAAUGGAUCAGUUCCAUUUGAGCAGAGAGUUUUUACUGUAUUGAAGUGGUUACAGUUGCCUGACGAUCAACGGCCAGAUUUCUACACAUUGUACUUGGAAGAGCCGGAUAAAUCAGGACACAACUACGGUCCUGUCAGUGGAGGAUUAAUAAAUGCAAUCCAGGGAGUGGACAAGGUGAUCGGGCAGUUGAUGAACGGACUCAAACAGCUCAACCUUCACGAGUGCGUCAACAUUAUUGUCGUAGCUGAUCACGGUAUGGCAGAAACAAGCUGUGACAGAAAAGAAGUCCUAAAAGAUUUCGUGGGUGACGUCUCACACCUCUAUGUGUAUGAGGGACCAGUCGGCCGGAUCAGAGCGGCAAAAGCAGCAGUGACGUUGGACACUGCUGGUUUGGUGGCCAACAUGACGUGUAAGAAGCCUGAUCAGAAGAUUAAACCAUACCUUAAACCCCACCUCCCCAAACGCUUCCAUUAUGCUCACAGCAAACGCAUAGAGGAUGUAAACGUGCUGGUGGACUCAAACUGGCUGUUUGAAAGAUUUCCAGGUUCUUUAACUUUCUGCUCCGGUGGAAAUCACGGAUAUGACAAUGAUGAUCCCAGCAUGCAGGCCAUGUUUCUUAGUUAUGGUCCUAAAUUUCAAGCUCAGACUGAAGUUGAACCAUUUUCUAACAUUGAACUCUACAAUCUUAUGUGUGACGUGUUAGAUAUCAGUCCUGCUCCAAAUAACGGCACCCAUGGCAGCCUGAACCACCUGCUGCGACUUCCUCCAUACGCACCCCAACACCCAGCAGAGCAGAGUCCACCAAGCCAGUGCCCACUUAACACCCUAGAGCCUGCGGAUCCUCUUGGCUGUUCCUGCCCUGCCCUGGGAGACAAAAAUCUAAACUCUCGUCUCAACCUGACUGAUGCUGAAGUGUCGAUGAGUGUGAGGAAACACCUGUUGUUCGGCCAACCCACAAUGCUGCAGCCCGACUUUAAUUACUGUGUGCUGCAUCAUCACGGAUUCAUCAGCGCCUACAGCAUUCAAACGCUCAUGCCUGUUUGGAGCUCAUUUACCGUCAGUAAACCGUCUGAAGGUGGCCCAGAUUCUUUACCUUCGGUGACAGAAAACUGUCUGAGGCCUGAUGUAAGAAUCCCAGCAGAACAGAGUCCCACCUGUGACCAGUACAACAGCACCAGUAACAUCACACAUGCCUUCCUGUACCCACCCAAUCUAAACAGCACAGCAGAUGAGCAGUAUGACGGUCUGAUCCUGAGUAACGUGGUUCCCAUGUACCCGGCAUUUAAACGUGUGUGGCAGUAUUUCCAUGACGUUUUACUUUUGAAGUAUUCCUCACAAUAUAAUGGCAUCAACGUAGUGACCGGACCUGCGUUUGAUUACAACUACGACGGCCAGUAUGACACCGCAGAUCUGAUUCAGCAGUUUGUUCCAGGUACACGUAUUCCCAUCCCCACCCAUUACUAUGCAGUCCUGAUCAGCUGCUCCGAUCCAAAUGUGACUGAUUGUAAAGGAGAGUUAAACACUGUUUCCUUCCUAAUCCCACACAGAGCUGACACAUCAGAGAACUGCAUGAGUGACAAGGAAGAGUCUCUCUGGGUUGAGGACCUGCUCUGGUUUCACCAGUCACGUGUCAAAGACAUUGAGUGGAUCACAGGACUGAGUUUUUUCCACAACAGUAGUCGACCGGUCCCUGAGCUUCUUCGAGUCAAGACUCGUCCCACGGCUGCCAUUCAGAAGAAGCCAUGAAGCACUGCCAGAUAUUUAAAAUCACCUUUUGUAUUUAUGAAGUAGCUUAUUAAAUAUAGAUUCAUUUAAUUAAAUACAACUAAUAAUUAA